AUGAGCCGAAGGAACAACAACCCGAAGCUGGAGCUGAAGCUCAACUUGUCGCCACCAAGGGGCGGGAAUAACAGCAACAACAACCGCAUGAGACUGGAGUCCUCACCAAGCCGGUCGGCCACUGUGUCGCCGACUUCGCCGCCGAGCUCCUGCGUGUCAUCGGAACUGAAUCAGGACUCCGACAGCGGGUUGAGGUAUUCCAAUAGCCCUGAAGCGACUUCCAUGGUGCUCGUGGGUUGUCCGAGGUGCCUGAUGUACGUCAUGCUCUCCGAGGAUGAUCCCAAGUGCCCCAAGUGCAAGAGCACCGUCUUGCUCGACUUCCUCCAUGACAACAACAACAACAACAACUGCAACAUGAGGGGAAAGAAGUGA